AGCGAAUUUUCAUGACUGGUGGCUCAUCGCUUUGUGCGAGGCGUCCACGAGGAAGUUCCUCCCUGCGCAAGCGCACUUGGCAAUAUGAACUCGUACAAUAUGUAUGUACAUAUAUAUACAGCAGGGUCGUGCCGUUUGUGAAAAGGACACCACUAUCGUCGCUCAAAGAUCCAGAGCGUAUAGAACCAACCAACGGAAUACAUUCAAACAGCUCUUACCACUUCCCAACGUCCGCUAUACAGCGUCGCGCAAACCAUCCUCCUCCAUGUUCGCCAAAUCCGUCCUCGUAGCCGCGACCGCGCUCACUUCAACCGCUCUCGCUGCUCCAGCCGCUGUCCCGCAAGCAGCACCAGGCUCCGUCUCCAUAACCCUCAUCGACGCUGUCGGCCACGAAUUCCCCGUCUGGGCGCCGUCAGAUCAAUCUCACUUCGCCACCAAUGUCAAGGAGUCCAUCUCUCACGUGCGCAUCAACAACGACGGUUCCAUUCCCUGCGCUUUCUGGGGCGUUGACGGCGUGACUAUCCUCUCUAUGCCGGGAGAGGAGAAGUACAUGGACGUCGGACCACCGCAGACCAUUGUUGGCGGGUACUGUGGACCUUGGCAGGUCACUCAGUAA